CAGGCCAGGAGGCCCAGCGCCACGUGGAGCCAGGCCUCUCAGGUCCUCGACUCCCGGUCUGUGAGCGGGGAGCCCGUGUGGCCGUCACGCUCGGCCCCCAGGAAGGCUGUGGACGAGCCGGUGGCCGGGCCCCGGGCGGUGCAUGGGCCGCCCCGGCGAGGCCAGGCCCGUCAUGCUGCAGUGCCGGCCGGCCGAGGAGUUCAGCUUCGGGCCCCGGGCCCUGAAGGAUGCGCUGCUGUCCACCGACCCUGCCCUGCGGCAGCUCUACACAGCCACCUUUUCCCCGGCCGAGAGGCUCUUCCUGGCUGAGGCCUACAACCCCCAGAGGACACUCUUCGGCACGCUGCUCAUCCGCACGGCCUUUGACUGGCUCCUUAGCCGCCCAGAGGCCCCCGAGGACUUCCAGACCUUCCAUGCCGCCCUGCCGCCCCGGAAGCAGAGCCUCGCUCGGAAGCACAUUUACCUGCAGCCCAUAGGUCUGAGCGAGGGGCCAGCGGGCAGCGCACUUCUGGACCAGCUGCGGAGCUGCACGGAGGCCUUCUUCCUGGGCCUGCAGGUCAGAUGCCUGCCCUCGGUGGCGGCAGCCUCCAUCCACUGCUCACGUCGCCUGGGUCAGGACCCUGACAGGCUCCAGCUCCACACCGAUGGCAUCCUGUCCUUCCUGAAGAGCAGCAAGCCGGGGGACGCUCUGUGUGUGCUGGGCCUCACGCUGUCUGACCUGUACCCCCGCGAGGCCUGGACCUUCACCUUCGGCACAUUCCUUCCAGGGCACGAAGUGGGUGUCUGCAGCUUUGCCCGGUUCUCGGGGGAGUUCCUGCCGCGGGGGCCCAGCACGCCUGACCUGGUGGAGGUAGAGGCGGCCGCAGGUGGCCCCGAGGCGGCCCUGCAGGAUGGAGGCCAGGCCAUGUGCUUCAGCACCCUGGGGAUGGUCCAGUGCUGCAAGGUCACGUGCCACGAGCUGUGUCACCUUCUGGGCCUGGGGAACUGCCGCUGGCUCCGCUGCCUCAUGCAGGGCGCGCUCCGCGUGGACGAGGCCCUGCGCCGGCCCCUGGACCUCUGCCCCAUCUGCCUGCGCAAGCUGCAGCACCUGCUGGGCUUCAGGCUGGUGGACAGGUACAAGAGACUCUACGCCUGGACACAAGCGGCAGCGGGGACGCAGCCAGGCCCGGCGGUGGUGGGGGAACCGUCCGUGUCGGAGGACACCCUGCCCUGCAGCGCAGACUCGGGGCUGUGUUGUGAGAGCGACUCGGAGCCAGGCAGCAGCCUGUCGGAGCCCCUGUCCCCCGACGCCUGGAGCCAAGCCUUCCCAGCGGGCCUUGAGCCGGAUCCCGAGGACGGGCUGGGCUCCCUUGCAGCCUCGGAGGGUCCGGGGGAGGCCCUGAUAGAGCACGGGCGCUGGCUGGCCGCCUGCAUCCAGGCCCUGGAGAGGGAUGUGAGUGAGGGGGAGCUGGAGCAGGUGGACGGCGCCGUGGACGCGCUGGCCCCCUGGGACCUGUUCACAGGGCGGCUCCCGCCCCCCCGGCAGGACCUGCCCUGUGGCCGUGACGGCGCGGGGCUGCGCAGGGUCCUGGGGGACACGUUCUCCUCCCUCCGGAGGAGGCUGAGCGCUCGCAGGCCAUCCAGGGCCGAGUCACCCCCCCGGCGCCGGAAGGCAGAGGACGACUAGCGUGGCCAGUGUGACUCGUCCAGCGCCUGCCUGUCCCCAGACACCGGCUGCCUGGCCUCCGGGGUGCCACAGGCCCAGUAGGGGCAGGAGGGACGGUGUCUUGGGAAGCAGAGGGUGACGCAGCUGCACCCCCAGUCCCGAACAUGGCCUUGAGACGUGGCUGGCGGGGAGGGCAUCCCAGGCGCCCGGAAGGCCAUCCUCGGGCCCACCCGACGCUGGUGGCGGGGUAGGUGCCCGCUUCUCCUGCAGCCUGGGGUCUCCGCUACUGCAAACUCAGCUUCCAGAGCCUGCACGCGGGGUCUCCACUCAGAGGGGAAGUCAUGGCGGUUGCAUUUCUCUCUACACUGAUCGCCCCCUCCACCCCCCGCCACGUGCCCAUAGAAAGGGUCCUCUGCUGCGGUCUAACCACAUCCUGACCCUUGGGACUUGCCGCAGGCGUCUCCCUGAAGCUCGGGGUGGUCACCGCCUCUACGGGACCCUGUGCCCACAGACCUGCCGUUUCCUCUGCCGACUCUUGGGUGGGGGAGGUGCCAGGUGCGGUGGGAUGGUGCGGCAGGACGGUGCGGCCCCGCUGGGACCUACCAAGGUGAGAGCUGACUGCAGCUCCGUGCUCAGCUGGACAGCCUGGACCCCACAUCCACGAGGGCAGGGGGUUAGGGUUUUGUUCAGAACAUCCGUGUCUGUUUUUUGGUCUAGUUCUGCCAGUUGCUGAGAGAACAAGCGAUUUAGAUGUUAAAACACCCACCGCCCCAGUAGAGGCAUCUGUCUGCCUUUAAUUAUGUCAGAUUUUGCUCCCGGUUCUCCGAGGCUCCUUCUGUGCACACACAUCUGAUGUGUUUUUGUGACAGACUGACCCUGUUUUCCUUCUCACCCGCCCUGGGCUGUGGCUCGCGAGUCCUGCGGGGAUGCUUCUGGUCCCAACAGCAGGGCUCCCAUAGUGUGAUGGAUAGGGGGGAGGGUUGGGGGCCCGGGAGGCCGGAGCAGCUAUCUUCUCGUCUGGGGAGACAAGAACGGGGCAGCUCCUACAUUUUGCACAGAGCUUAGUCUGGGGAGGCCUUCUAAGAACAACGGUACAAAGUACACAGAAUCAGGAGGGUGGUCGCACAAGCGCUGAGGCCCGAAGCCUCUUUGAAACCUGACCAGGCAAGUCCCAGACCAGGGAGACGUAACAGGGGUGAGACCACCCUGGAAACAGAGCAGCAACGCCGCAGCUCUUCAGAACUCCAUUCCGUUUUGCACGAGGACCUGGAGGUACCUGGUGGGGAGACAGGAUGAGCCGGGCUCGCAGGAAGUGUGCUGGGGCGGACCCCGCAGAGAGCACAGCACAAGAACAGGAGGAGGCCCGGGUAUCUCUGAGCAGACCCGGGGGCGUAAAGCCCCGACAGCUAUCCACUCAGGAGGGUCGGUGUGGGCAGGGAGCUGGGAAGGUGUGCCCUGGUCCUGGGCUGGAGAGUCUGGCUUGUGGGACGGCCCAGUUGGGGAGGGGUGGUGGCG